AUGAAGCUACAUACCUUGGAUGAAGAGUCGUUUCAGCUGCUUUUAUGUCUAUUUUCGGCAACAACUCAAAUAUCCGAAAACAAUGCUAUUCACGCAAGUCUUCUCGGAUUCUGCUAUUACCACGGAAUCGGAAUAAGAUUUGACAGAAAUCAUGCACGCAAAUACUACAAAAUAGCUGGCGACUUAAAUGACGGUUUUGCAUUAGCACAACUUGGGGAUCUUUCUCUAUCUGUUGAAUAUUAUAAGAAGGCAGUAGCGACUGGGCAUCCACAAGGUGUUUUUCGUUUUGCUUACGGUUACGGUUAUUAUCAACGUAAAAGAGAAAAUACUUUGAUAUUUCGGACGUUGGCCGAGAAAGACUAUUUGCCAGCUAUCUAUAGUUAUGUUAAAGCUUUAUAUUCGGGAAAAUAUUGUAACAGGGAUUUACAUGAAGCGCUCAGAUAUGCUGUAAAGUUUCAUCGUGUUUCGGGAAUAGAGGGAGAAGGAUAUGAUUUUACAUUUAUAUUUAGUUAA